AUGGAACAACUUGACAGAAUUAUCGAACAGGACGACAUAAAGAGAUGUAUCAUAGUACUUGAUGCACAUGAUAAUUAUCUAGAAGAUGAAUAUCAGUUCGAGAGGGCAAUGCGCUUUUUGCCUUUAAAUAUUCAACGGAGAAUACUCAACAAACGGGGCGACGCGCGUAAUACAGCCCUCUGCAAUCAACUGUUGCAAUUGAUAACUUGCUCAAAAUUCAGUAAGCUACCUAGGCAAAUGAUUGAGUUUUCCCACAGUGAAAAAGGAAAACCAUAUCUUAAAAACUCUACUGGACUGUCUUUCAGUAUGUCGAAUAGCGAUUCGAGAACUGCUAUUUAUAUGAAAAGGACACAAGGCCAUUCUGAUGUUGGAAUGGAUAUGGCAUCCACCAAAGAUUGUCAAAGAUGGGAAAGUAACUAUUUAGACCUAUUUCAAGAUAUCUUUUCUUCCGAGGAAUACAGUUUUCUUCGAAGAGCACCAAGGGGUGACAUAAGAGACAAAUUAUUCACACAUUAUUGGUCCCUUAAAGAAGCUUAUACAAAAUAUACGGGAACUGGGUUGAAUUGCGAUUUGUCAAGAUUGGACUUUGGAGAAAUAAAAGCUGCUAGCUUGGAGGAAUUUCGCGAACAUAUCUCAAUUUUGGACGGAAAAUCAUUUUUAUUCCUGUCAAAAUGGCUUACUGAAAACUCAAUAGUUACAGUAUGCGAUGGACCUUUAACAGGGAGUGAUGAAUCUUCUUCUAUCUCAGUAGUUGAAUUGAAUGUUCGAACAAUCGUAGAUAAUUUGGAUAGUAUGAAAUGA